UUUUCUUCCAUAUAAUAACAAAACGCAAAAUGCUAAAACGUACGCUCCAUUCAGAGUCAAAAAUCUGACUGAAGCCGGAAGCAGAAAUUGUCUUCUCAGCAUGGGUCACCUGAAUGGCUAAAAUCAUGUGUUUCUGUUUAUGGAUUACUCCUCGAUAAACGGGAAUCUCUACUUUACCGGAAAAAAUCAACCAAAACCAUCGGUGAUUAGUCUAUAUAGCCUCGUCUAGAUCUGUUUUUACUUGAAUUGGUGGAAACCAUGGCAAACCUCAAUUCAAAUAUGCAAGAAGAAACCCAGUAUCAGGAACCCACCACGCAGAUUCCACCAAAAUCGCCAAAUAUAUCUCAAGAAAUCCCUAUCACCACCGCAAACGCCGCCUCCACCUCCAAAUUAGCGAAGAAACUGACUCUCAUCCCUCUUAUAUUCUUAAUCUAUUUUGAAGUUGCUGGUGGUCCUUAUGGCGAAGAACCAGCUGUUCAAGCCGCAGGUCCUCUCUUUGCUUUACUUGGUUUCUUGGUUUUUCCAUUUAUAUGGAGUGUACCUGAAGCCUUAAUUACAGCUGAGCUUUCCACUGCUUAUCCUGGCAACGGAGGAUUUGUGAUAUGGGCAGAACGUGCUUUUGGUCCUUUUUUUGGAUCUUUAAUGGGUUCUUGGAAAUUCCUUAGUGGUGUUAUUAACGUUGCAGCUUUUCCAGUUCUUUGUAUUGAUUAUAUGAAGAAAGCAAUUCCUUCUCUGAAUUCAGGUUGGCCAAGGAAACUUGCAAUUACGUCUUCAACCUUAAUUCUUUCAUUUCUGAACUACACUGGUUUAACCAUAGUUGGGUAUGUUGCUGUUCUGUUGGGUAUAAUUUCACUUUUACCUUUUAUACUAAUGUCCCUUAUUGCAAUCCCUAAAAUUCACCCUCAUAGAUGGCUCAGUACUGGGGAUAAAGGUGUAAAGAAGGAUUGGACAUUGUUUUUCAAUACCCUUUUCUGGAAUUUGAAUUUUUGGGAUAAUGUUAGUACUUUAGCUGGAGAAGUAGAUAAACCUCAAAAAACAUUUCCUCUUGCUUUAUUCAUUGCUGUUAUAUUCACUUGUGUUUCUUACUUUAUUCCUCUUUUGGCGGUGACCGGAGCGGUUUCUGUUAGCCAAAGUGAUUGGGGGUCAGGAUUUCAUGCCACAGCAGCAGAGAUGAUUGCAGGAAAAUGGUUAAAAUAUUGGGUUGAAGCUGGUUCUGUUUUAUCUGCUGUUGGUUUAUAUGAAGCACAAUUAAGCACUAGUGCUUAUCAACUUCUUGGUAUGGCAAAUUUAUCAAUUUUGCCUAAAUUUUUUGCUAAAAGGUCAAAAUGGUUUAAUACUCCUUGGGUAGGGAUAUUAGUUUCUACAUUGAUUACAACUGGAGUAUCAUACAUGACUUUUACUGAUAUAAUUUCAUCUGCAAAUUUUUUAUAUACUUUAGGUAUGUUAUUGGAAUUUGCGUCUUUUCUUUGGUUAAGAAGGAAAUUUCCAGAAUUGAAGAGGCCUUAUAAGGUUCCAAUGAGGCUACCAGGACUGGUGAUUAUGUGUUUGGUUCCAUCUGUGUUUUUAGUAGUAAUAAUGGUUGUUGCUACUAAGGUUGUUUAUCUGGUAAGUGGGUUGAUGACUGUUGGUGCUAUUGGAUGGUACUUUAUUAUGAAAUUUUGCAGGUCAAAGAAGUUGUUUAAGUAUAGCAAUGGUGAAAAUAUUGAAUGAUGAGAAAAGGGCAUGGCUUGAAUUGGUCAUACAUGAAGAAAUUUAUCAUUUAGUUUGAAGCUGUAAUUAUCAGAAUCAGUUGGGAUUUGGUUUAUUCAGCAUUUAGAUCCACAAUUUACUGGAUUUGGUUACAUUUCUUGUAAUGCGAUACAAUUGUGGUUGUUUCUGUUUUUUUCGUUGAAAUCCUAUAUGUGAUAGCUUUUUCUGUCUUAAA